AUGGAAAGUUACGAUUAUGUGACCCAUAUAGAAGGUAACAAAUAUUUCUACAUUCCAAAUUUAUUCAAAUUUAAUAAUCAUUAUUAUGAUUUUAAAAAAGGUGAAGAGAUUGAUGAAUUUUUUUAUCAUUUUAGAUACAAAAAUCUAUUGACAUAUGAUAUUGUGAAGAAUUUCUAUAAGAAUAAACAAAUCCAUUUAAACUAUUAUAAAUAUCAAUCUUUAGAUAAUAAUAUUUUUUUCAUUAAUAACCAUCCAUUAAAUUGUGUUUCCAUAUCAGGGUUUGUUCAACAUUUUAAAAUCAGAUCAAUUAAUAAAAAAGAAUUUAUUGUAAUUAAAAUUGAUGAUAAUUCAGUGAAUGAUCAUUUUGACUACUUAUCCUGUAAAAUUUCAGUUGAAAAAUUUAGAACUCUGAAUUUAUUUAAUAGUAAUCGCUAUGAAUCAUUUAAAAAAUUGCAUUGCAAAAAAGUAAGAAUUUUUGGUUCAGUGAAUUCUAGAUGUAAUGAAUUCGAUAUUGAAUACAUAAAAUUGAUUGAUGAGAAAAAUUCAUUAAUCGAUGAAUGUGAGCAUUGGAAAAGUUGUAUCGAAAAUAGACACGAAUUAUAUGAUAAUAACUGGGUUGUAGAUAGCUCUAUAUUAAAAAAGUUGUUAUUUUCUAAUAGGAUAUCCAAUGAAAAAGAUAUUAGUAAUGAUUCUGAAGAAGCUAAUUCGAAACAAGAAAGUGUUUUUGAAACAAAAAAUCGGAAAUAUAAAUCAUUAAAUUACUAUGAUGAUGGGGUAGAGUGCAACUAUAUAGAAACUUUACAAUAUAAAGACUUAAGAAAUGAGAUUGAAAUUACCAGUCCAUAUGCAAGCCGUAUAGAUAAAAAAUUUAAUCCACAUGUAUAUUUGAAGCUCAGAGAAGAGCAGACCUCUCAUGAAAACAUGGAGGAUGGUGAAAAUCCUGGAAAAUGUUUGCCAGUUGAUUUAGUUUUAAAACCCCAGGUAGCUGAACGAAUAGCUUGUGAAAGUGUUGAAUCCAGAGAUGCUUUGGAUGAGGAAUCGGGAUCCAAAGGUAUUGCUAGGAUACCAGAAACCAACUCGAAGAAAUAUAACAAUAUUUUGUUAAAAAUUUUACUAUUUGAUUGUGAAGAUUUGGUUUCUACAGAUUAUUUACUUAAACUAUUAAAACUACAAAAAUUAGAUGGGAACACUGAAAACAUUACCAUUCCAAAACUCAUUUUUGCUGAAAACAAUGAUACCUUUAGCAACAAAUUUUCUCAUUAUGAGUUUACAUUAUUAAAAGAAUAUCUGGUUGAUCUUCAAAAAAUAGAGUUAAUAAGAGUUAAUAAUGCAGGAGAUACAAUGGACUUAAAUAAUUUACACAGAUUAUUCUCAUAUUGCCAUAAACAUUGCAAACUAUUCAUAAAUUUAAAAUAUAAUACAGUUACAAUCAACCAUUCCCUGAUAAAAAAGAAACUUGAUAUUCAUAAAGUACCUGAUAUGGUAAUCAUUAAUAUAUAUAGAGAAUCCAUAAAGAACUUCGUCAAUCAAAAUCCAAGACUUUUGAAAAGUUGGUUCAUCGAAGUGAACGCCAAUAGAUCUUCGAUUUUGUAUUUAAAAUAUCCAGGGAACGUUGAUACUUAG